AUGGCGACUGAAACUCCAGAGCAAGCCCCAGCAGUCGACGGAGUCCUAUCUCUUUCAAUCUCUGAGCCUCCACGAUCCAGUUCAUCAAACCCAACUAUCCAAAUGAGUUUGGAGGAGAAGUACCAGAUGUUGAGGAGCUUGGCAGAGGAAUGUAUUCAGGAGGACGAGCUUCGGAAUUUGCUGGCUCAUAAGCCUGAACCCAUCGCCUAUGAUGGGUUUGAACCCUCCGGCCGAAUGCAUAUUGCUCAGGGAGUUAUGAAGACGAUAAAUGUGAACAAGAUGACCUCCGCUGGCUGCAGAGUGAAAAUAUGGAUUGCAGAUUGGUUUGCAAUGCUAAACAAUAAGAUGGGGGGUGAUUUGAAAAAGAUAGAGACUGAGAUAAAUGCGAGACCAGAGGAGUACUGGCUUCGUGUGAUGGACAUAGCUCAAAAGUACACAGUUCAAAGGAUAACUAGGUGUUGUCCGGCUAUGGGUCGAAAUGUGGAAGAAGAUUUAACUGCAGCCCAAAUUCUCUACCCAUGUAUGCAAUGUGCAGAUAUAUUCUUCCUUCAGGCUGACAUCUGCCAGAUGGGAAUGGAUCAGCGUAAAGUGAAUGUUCUUGCAAGAGAGUAUUGUGAUGAAAUCAAAAAGAAGGACAAGCCUAUUAUCUUGUCACACCACAUGUUACCUGGUUUGCAGCAAGGGCAGGAGAAGAUGUCUAAAAGUGAUGUAUCGUCCUCCGUAUUCAUGGAAGAUGAAGAGGAUGAAGUGAAUUUGAAGAUAAAGAAAGCUUACUGCCCUCCAAAUGUUGUUGAAGGGAAUCCAUGUAUGGAGUACGCGAAAUAUCUCAUUCUACCUUGGUUCAAUGAGUUCAUUGUAGAGCGCUCCGAAAAGAAUGGGGGAAAUAAGACCUUCAAAAGCUUUGAAGAAUUGGCUGCUGAUUAUGAAAGUGGUGAGCUGCAUCCAGCUGACCUUAAAUCAGCUUUAUCAAAAGCAUUGAACAAAAUACUGGAGCCUGUACGCGCACACUUCAAGAAUGACGAAACUGCCAAACAGCUAUUGCAAGUGUCAAGAAGUAUAGAGUCACCAGGUGAUGAAUGCAAUGGAGCUCGGAUUCUCUCAUAUUUGCCCUUCUGCUCUAUACUAAUUGGUGGAUGA